AUGGAUGAACCAGAGCUGUUCGUCAUUUCCACGAGCGAGAGCGAGGAUGGGGAUGGCACUGACGGUGAAAACGUAGCGGACGUGUCGGCGUUGGCGGAGGACGCCCGUUCAAAUCUUUCUUCCCGGCACUGCGGUGUCGAAAAUAUGUUUAUCGAUGAGGUACUCUUCGGCGACAGGGACCGCCGCUCUGUAUUGUUGCCUGACACGGGCGCCCGGGCAACUGAUGCGGAUUCCCUCUCCUCCUUCUCCUCCAGUGACAGUGAUAGAAGCUUGUUUGCUCAGCAAUUAGUUGGUGAGGAAAAAAAGCGCUUGAGCCAAGGCCCUGGUGUUCUGGAGGACAGGGGGACAUUGGAGCCGCACGAACCCCUCACGAGCACAGCGGUACUGCGUAGUAUGACAUGCGCCGAUGUGCGUGCCGUGCUGGAGCCUUUUUUUCAGCGCAAAGAGGCAGCGAAGGCGCGUUUUGACGCUGUACAGAAGUGGCUUGCAGAAGAGAUGGCGGCAAAAACGACUAGGAUGAAAAAGAGCAUGUUGGAGCGCUGGAGACGUAUAGUCAAUGUAUCCAACUGGGGUGACGGAAGUUCGUCCAGAGACGAUGUCUUGUUUCCAGAGGCGCUUGUUCCACCAGCAGCGACGCUUCUUGGCGUCCUCGGCCCAUCCGUGGCAAAGAAUGUUUUACCCGAGCUGCAGCAUCUGCGGCCACAUCAAAUAGACGGCAUCCGCUUCUUGUGGAGUAUUCUUGCGGAGGGGCCUAUUGGGCGAGUUCCUGCCGUUGGCUGCAUCCUGGCGCACACCAUGGGGCUUGGUAAAACCUGCCAGGUGGUCAUCUUUUUGCAUCUUUUACUUAAUGAAAAGCGCGGGUGUCUUGGGCGGUCGCAGCGGGUGUUAAUUGUUGUUCCAAAAUCCACACGACCGGGAUGGCAGAAGGAGUUUUCCACGUGGUCACAGUACUUUCCACUUGCGCAUCGCAUUCUUCCCAUCAUGAUUGAUGAACGUGACGGUAUGAAGCGGCGGUUAGACUUGUACAGGAGUUGGUGGAGCGAGGGUGGUGUUUUGCUUGUGGGGUAUGAGAUGCUUCUUGGCCUCACGAAACUCUCGAAAGAGGGGUCAAGAGAGGAUAAAAAGGGAUGCGAGUUUACGGAUCUGCUCAUAUGUGACGAGGCACAUCGAUUGAAGUCAACGCGUCUGCAGAUUUCUGCAGCACUUCGUGGUUUACAUCCGUUGCGUCGACUUCUCUUGACUGGCACACCUUUGCAGAAUCAUCUGCAGGAGUAUUGGGCCAUGGUGGACUUUGCAGUUCACAAGUACUUUGAGAAACGGCGAUUUCAGGAGUUUUUCAUUAAUCCCAUUGAGGCCUCAGUUGCUCAAGAGGCCAGUUCAAGGGUGGUUGCCACAGCCCGUAUGAAGACAUUUGCGCUGAUACGAGAGUUGCGGCAUUUUGUUCAACGUGUGGAUAGCACCCCAUUAAGAGAUGAGCUGCCGCCCCUGCAUGAGUACGUUCUUGUUAUUCCUCUCUCUGCAUUGCAGGUGCGUUUGUACAAUCGGUUUCUCCAUCUGGCGCGAUUGGAGCAGUCGAAGUUCAACUUUCUUCAGGCAGUGACAUACGCCAACAAGAUCUCCGCCCAUCCCCAGUUACUCUUUGAUAGUGAUCCGGCUUCGCCACUGAAGGAAAUACUGAGUGAGGUGGAGAGCAGCCCCGAUGAUGAUGAUAAUAAUAAUAAUAAUAAUAAUAAUAAUGCAGGUGAUAAUAUGGGGAAAGGAAAUAGAGGGCAUGGUGAUCGGCGACGCACGGCAUUCUCUGGACCAGUCAAUGAAGGAUAUGCCGAGCUCUUUCAGCCCCCAGCGGACUACACGGCCGCACCUGAAGAUGGUGUCAAGUUGUACAUUGCCAUACGGAUUAUUAAGGCAGCGAUGUUGCGAGGUGAGAGGGCGUUAUUUUUUAGCCUGUCCACAAAAAUGUUAAGCCUUUUUGAGGGAAUUAUCGCUGAAAUGAACCGUCGAUGGCAGCAGGAUGGUUCACUGCCACGUCCUAUUCGAUUUUGUCGACUGGACGGCAACAGCAGUGGGGCUGAGCGUGAGAACACCCUGCGAUCCUUUAAUUCCUUACGUGGUGCCGAUGUUUUGCUGCUGAGCAUGAAGGCAGGGGGUGUUGGCAUCAACAUCACCUCCGCCACCCGUGUUAUUCUGGCAGACAGUGGCUUCAACCCAGCAGAUGACAGGCAGGCAAUUGGACGUGCCUACCGCUAUGGCCAGACACGACCCGUCUUUGUGUACCGUCUCGUGUGCUAUCAGACGUUGGAGCAUCGCAUGUUCCAACAAAAAGUGGCAAAAGAAUGGCUCUUUCACACCAUUGUGGAGGAGGCCUCGUUGAAACGUGACGCACUGACUGGAUUACGCCUGCAGUCUAUGAUUCAACUCCUUGGCCGUUCACUGGAGGUGUCAAGCGAGGUGCCGGCGUUGACCGAUGAACAGCGGGAUUCGACCGCGCGGCUCUUCAAAGAAGACGCUGUGCUCGCCGAAUUAGCCGACAGCAUCAUAUACGCUGAGUCGCAUGAGGUCUACCUGCAGCAUGAUGAGCUUGUGCAGUACGGCAAAGAGGAGCGAGAGUUUUAUGAGGAGUACCAAAAGAAGGGCGUCUUCAAUAUUGACAGUUACGUGGAUGGAGUCAACGUUGGGAACGAGACGGAGCAACGCAAGCGGCAGCGCGAAAAGCAUCAGGAAGACAUUGGGAGGCAGACGAAAACUCUGACGGCGUUGGUAGACGACGUCAUCCGUGGCCGUGCAGAGCAGGACCCGCGACUUCGUCACCUGCUGCGCAUGAUGGGUAUCACGGUGGAUGCAUCUGGGGUAGUCUCUGUCUCGAGCAUGCAGGAAACACAACGACGGACGCGAGAGCCCAUUGCCGUGGAUGGAGAGGACGGCAGCAACUCCAGUGAUGACCGCCUUAUUCGUCGUCUGCAAGGCGAAAAGGUAGCGCGCACCGAAACAACAUCUCCCUUACGACCCAUAGUUUUAAAUCAAUCGGAUGAUGAUGACGAUGACGAUGAUGAUGAAGACUCCAUUCUAUUCGAAGAGAAGAAGAAAAAAAAUGUUGGUCUUGUCAUUGACCCGUCCAUAUACGAGCCGUACAAACCUGGUCGUAACGCCUAUAAUGCCAUCUUUAUUGAUGAAGACGAAGUAUAA